AUGACCAUCGAUAAAUCUUGCCAGCUAACCAGUCUGCAUCUUGGUCAAAAUAGGUACAUCUUUACCAACAAAGAAAGAUACAUCUUGGUCAACAAAGAGACAUCUUUACCAACAAAGAAAGAUACAUCUUGGUCAACAAAUAUCCAUCUGUACCAACAAAGAAAGAUACAUCUUGGUCAACAAAGAGACAUCUUUACCAACAAAGAAAGAUACAUCUUGGUCAACAAAGAGACAUCUUUACCAACAAAGAAAGAUACAUCUUGGUCAACAAAGAGACAUCUUUACCAACAAAGAAAGAUACAUCUUGGUCAACAAAGAAAGAUACAUCUUGGUCAACAAAGAGACAUCUUUACCAACAAAGAAAUAUACAUCUUGGUCAACAUAGAUACAUCUUGGUCAACAAAGAGACAUCUUUACCAACAAAGAAAGAUACAUCUUGGUCAACAAAGAGACAUCUUUACCAACAAAGAAAGAUACAUCUUGGUCAACAAAGGUAAAUCUUUACCAACAAAGAAAGAUACAUCUUGGUCAACAAAGGUAAAUCUUUACCAACAAAGAAAGAUACAUCUUGGUCAACAAAGAGACAUCUUUACCAACAAAGAAAGAUACAUCUUGGUCAACAAAUAUCCAUCUGUACCAACAAAGAAAGAUACAUCUUGGUCAACAAAGAGACAUCUUUACCAACAAAGAAAGAUACAUCUUGGUCAACAAAGAGACAUCUUUACCAACAAAGAAAGAUACAUCUUGGUCAACAAAGAGACAUCUUUACCAACAAAGAAAGAUACAUCUUGGUCAACAAAGGUAAAUCUUUACCAACAAAGAAAGAUACAUCUUGGUCAACAAAGAGACAUCUUUACUAACAAAGAAAGAUACAUCUUGGUCAACAAAUAUCCAUCUGUACCAACAAAGAAAGAUACAUCUUGGUCAACAAAGAGACAUCUUUACCAACAAAGAAAUAUACAUCUUGGUCAACAUAGAUACAUCUUGGUCAACAAAGAGACAUCUUUACCAACAAAGAAAGAUACAUCUUGGUCAACAAAGAGACAUCUUUACCAACAAAGAAAGAUACAUCUUGGUCAACAAAGAAAGAUACAUCUUGGUCAACAAAGAGACAUCUUUACCAACAAAGAAAUAUACAUCUUGGUCAACAUAGAUACAUCUUGGUCAACAAAGAGACAUCUUUACCAACAAAGAAAGAUACAUCUUGGUCAACAAAGAGACAUCUUUACCAACAAAGAAAGAUACAUCUUGGUCAACAAAGAAAGAUACAUCUUGGGCAACAAAGAAAGAUACAUCUUGGGCAACAAAGGUAAAUCUUUACCAACAAAGAAAGAUACAUCUUGGUCAACAAAGGUAAAUCUUUACCAACAAAGAAAGAUACAUCUUGGUCAACAAAGAGACAUCUUUACCAACAAAGAAAGAUACAUCUUGGUCAACAAAGGUAAAUCUUUACCAAUAAAGAAAGAUACAUCUUGGUCAACAAAGAGACAUCUUUACCAACAAAGAAAGAUACAUCUUGGUCAACAAAUAUCCAUCUGUACCAACAAAGAAAGAUACAUCUUGGUCAACAAAGAGACAUCUUUACCAACAAAGAAAGAUACAUCUUGGUCAACAAAGAGACAUCUUUACCAACAAAGAAAGAUACAUCUUGGUCAACAAAGAGACAUCUUUACCAACAAAGAAAGAUACAUCUUGGUCAACAAAGAGACAUCUUUACCAACAAAGAAAGAUACAUCUUGGUCAACAAAGAGACAUCUUUACCAACAAAGAAAGAUACAUCUUGGUCAACAUGGAUACAUAUGGGUCAACAAAGAGACAUCUUUACCAACAAAGAAAGAUCCAUCUUGGUCAACAAAGGUAAAUCUUUACCAACAAAGAAAGAUACAUCUUGGUCAACAAAGAGACAUCUUUACCAACAAAGAAAGAUACAUCUUGGUCAACAAAGGUAAAUCUUUACCAACAAAGAAAGAUACAUCUUGGUCAACAAAGAGACAUCUUUACCAACAAAGAAAGAUACAUCUUGGUCAACAUGGAUACAUCUUGGUCAACAAAGAGACAUCUUUACCAACAAAGAAAUAUACAUCUUAG